AUGGAUACACGGCUCAGUGUUAGGCCUAGUGAUCCUAAAAUUCUCACCUACAUUACAAACGCUCUCACCCUACAAAUCCCAAAUAAGUCGUUAUCCCUUUCUCUCGAGCAGAAACCUGCCAACCCUAGCCAAGAAAUUGCAGGAACUCCCGUGGAUAAGAACGAGAAUAUAGAGACACUUGCAAGCAACCUAGCUUCGAAAUUAAAAGUGGAGAAAAUUCAAAUCACAAAAGUUAAGGGAAUAACAGGCAGGAAUGGUAAAGAAGGAAUGAUUCAGAUAACUUUUGGAUAA